UUCGGACAAAUUGGAGUUUACAACUAGUGAACGUCAGACAUUGAUAUUGAAAAUCUCUUAUCCAAGAAAGAUAUUUUAUUUUGAUCAAGAUAAAAUUACAAGACAGAGUUUGAGAUGGUAGCAAUGUAUGUUUCUGAUAUUACAAGGUUGAUCAAAACUUCCAAAAUUUUUAACAAGAAUUAAUGAGAAUCUAACCAGCAAUGAAAUUGCAUGGUGUUAUCUAUGGACCUUUUUUUUUUUUGGGGUGAAAAUCUAUGGACCAAUUUUAGUGGAUGGGAAAUGGGAUAGAGCUCUUUGAACCAAAUUGUUUUAAUUAAUUGGUAUGUCAUAUAGAUGAUUACUUUGAAGCAAAUAAUUUAAAGCAACGAUAUGAUGUAGUUUGUCAGAUAAAAGAUUUAUGUAUCAAGAUAAGUGAGUGAAAUAAGUUCUAAUUGUGGUCCUAGGUGACUCGUGGUCUUAACGGAUGCACAUCCUAACGGUAACGGACCAACUUAGCUUUUUACAUAUAAUCAACUCACGGUCUUAACAGAUUAAAGGAAUUUUUUUCCGAUGAAAAUGAAUUUUCGAACUUUUAUUAUUAACAUGAUAAAAUACACAAUUUUUUGCCAUAAAUAGGUAUGAUUUCAAACUGAACUUGGCAAAGCAAUGCUAGAGUUAAGAAAAACAAAAUAACUUGCAUUUGAAGGAAAAUCGCACAAAAAUUCAUUUGUGUAGAUUGUUAGUUCUUUUUUUUUUCAACGAAUAAGUCAAUUUUAUUCAGUCGAGACGUAGUCGGAAUAAUACAAUUUCGAGUAACUCACAUGUGAAGGAUAAAUUUACCAUAACAAUGUAUUGGUGUGGAAUGGAACUCAAAAGCACACUUAAACAAACAAAAAAAUCUUACAAAUAAUCCAUUUGGUCUUGGAUAAUAAAAUCAAUUUAACAUGGUAUGCAACACUGUCCUUUCAACAAACCAUUAGUAAUUUCCAUCACAGGGAUGGUUCCAAAACCUACAACCAACAACUUUGGAAAGCAUUGAUAAAGUUAUGGGUACAACACCAUUUCAGUCCCAAAGUUAAAAUCAUUAUGAAACCUUAGUACUAUAAGGCAAAACCCCAUAGAAAUUAGCUUGGCAGCUUUCCCCCCUACAAUCAUUGGACCAUACAUCCCAUGAUUCUUAUCAAUCAUCAUCACUCAAUUACAUUGAUUAAACAACAAAGAAAGAAGUAUUUUACCCAUUCAAAAUGCCUCCCAAAAUCAUAGGUUUCCCCAUCCAACUGUUGCUUGCUGCAGCUGGACACUUUCUAACACCAAUCCAACUUCCCCAUCUCCUUCCUCGACAAUCCCAAUAUUCGACGGACUCCUUAUAAAACCUUACCAUCAACUUCAUUCAAGCUUCAUCACUAACCCCACUUCACCAUCUCUCUCUAAACUGCAAAGAGUCACGCCCUUCAUUUCUUCCCUUAAUGGCGACAAUCUUUUCCGCGACGGGUCCGUCGCUAAUACUAUUGGUGACGAUACUUUCCGUCGUUAUAGGCAGCUCUUUCGCUGGUAACUUCAACAACGACGUCGUAGUUGUGUUUGGAGACGCCCGUGCCAGAAUCGAAGAAAAUGGCAAUCUCAUGAGCCUUGCUCUGGACAAUAGUUCCGGCUCCGGCUUCCAGUCCAAGAACCAAUUCAUUUACGCCAAAGUGGAGAUGAACAUUAAACUCGUCGCCGGCAAUUCCGCCGGCACCGUCACCUCCUUCUACUUAAAAUCAGAGGGAAAUGUGUGGGACGAAAUCGACAUGGAGUUCCUGGGCAACACGAGUGGCGACCCCUACGUCCUCCACACGAACAUCUUCACGAAAGGAACGGGGAACCGAGAGCAACAAUUCUACCUGUGGUUCGACCCGACCAACGAUUUCCACACCUACUCAAUCACGUGGAACCCGGCCCAUAUCGUCCUGGUAGUGGACAACAAGCCCAUCAGGGAGUACCGAAACCUGGACCCCAAUAACAACGUCCCUUACCCACGGGACCAGCCCAUGAAGCUCUACGGAUCCCUCUGGAACGCAGACGAUUGGGCCACCCGUGGUGGAUCCGUCAAGACCGACUGGUCCAAGGCUCCCUUCACGGCCUCCUUCAAGACCUACACCGCCGACGGCUGCGUUUACGGCAAUGGGGCCUCCAGCUGCCCCGACAAGACUGCGCCGUGGUACUCGUCGGAGCGGAUCGUCGGAGAUGACUUGAAGCAGAUGCGGUGGGUUCAGAAGAACUACAUGAUCUAUAAUUACUGCGAUGACGUUAACAGGUUUCACGGCAGCUUGCCGGCGGAAUGUGGCCGGAAGAAGUAGGACAAGUUGAAGGCUAAGGGACAUUGUCGUACUAGUGUAGCUCUUUUUUUAACGUUGGGGAACAUGUUUGAGUCCGGUUGGGUUUUCGCUUUCUAUUUGGGUAGUUCUGCUCCGAGAGAUUGAGAUGAAAAUGUGCGAAAGAAUAAUUGUCACUCAAUACUCUAAUAGUGUGAUUGGAGAUCAUAAAUCACUUGCAACUCU